GCGAGCGUCACUCCCCGGCCACUAGCUGAGCUUAACUACUCCACACCUGACAGCCACUAGCUCAAGCUUCAAACUCGAGCCACUCUCACUCUCACUCUCACUACUCUGUUCCUUCCCAGCUGCAGCAGCAACAGCUCGUUGCUCGAACUCUUCCCACCAUCAAUCUAGCUACAGGAGUAGGGAGAGCAUACAUAGCUCGUCAGUUUCAGCUCAGUCAGUCCAGAUGAAGAAGCAGCAUUGGUACUCGCGCAGCCGCUCCGUGCCGGCCACGCCCAGGGGCCUCCCGGCCGACGCCAUCGCCAACAGCCCCGGAUGCAUGUCCAUGGUGCACCUCAUCUUCGCCCCCGGCGCCGGCUGCGUCGGCCGCCCUCCCUCCUCCGACCUCCACGCCGCCGCCGUCCUAUCCAAUUCCCACCACCUCAAUUCUUCUUCAUCUCCAGCCAGCCACAAGAAAGGGGGCCUGGAGGCGCCGAGGAACAGCCUGGAGCUGGAGGGCGACGAGCUCCGCGACAUCCAGAUCGGGGUGCAGGUGCUACCGGCCUUCGACGCGCUGGCGGUGGCGGGGCGGCGGAGCACGGGGAGCAGGGCCACGGCGCCGUCCUCCGAGGCCGGGACCCCGCGCACGCCCAGCCUCGUCGCGCGCCUCAUGGGCAUCGACGGCCUCCCGGAGCCCUCUCCCUCGCCAAGCCUCAAGAAGAGCAACCCCAGAACGGUCGCGGCCGUCAAGGAGAAGAAGAAGCGGGUCAUCCCGGAGUCCAUGAACCGGCAGCCGCUGCGGAGCCUGAGCUGCAACGUCGGCGCCAGCGAGGCGCGGUCGCUGCCCGACACGCCGCGCGCGUCGGCGUCGUCGGCGCGGUCGGCUUCGGCGUGGGACGUGGUGGACCGCCCGAGGCUGUCGCUGCAGGUGCUCAAGGAGAGCGUGCUCGACCGGGCCGCGCAGUACAUGUCCAUGCCCUCCUCCCCCACCUCCUCCUCCAAGCAGAAGGAUAGGAAGGACCGAGACGCCGGGCACCGGCGGCGGGACGCCAAGGAGCACGCGCGCGAGAUCGUCAGGCAGGCCAAGGAGACCGUCACCAACCGCAACAAGUCCAAGAAGCAGCCUUCUUCCACGGCGAGCAACAAGGAGAACGUCAGCCCGGUGGUGGUGGUGGAAGACAAGCGGAUGGUGCUCGUCCAAGUCCAGGCAGCGGUCAAGCCGACCGCGCCGCUGUCGGCGAGAGCGCAAGUCGAGCAGCUGCCACACGCCCCGAGGCUUCCGCCGCCUCCGCCGCCGCUGCGCGCGAAGCCGUCGCGGCCGCCGCCCCCGCCGCCGCCACCGGACCAUCCGGCACCGGUCAGAGCGGCGCCGCUGUCGCCGCAGGCCGUCAAGUGCAAGAGACCUCCGGACGGGUGCGAGCGCUUCGCCACGCGGAUCAAGAAGCCCGGUGCCACAAGUGCAGCAACAAUCCAACAGGUGUCUCCGGUAGCGGCACCACCGUGUCCCGCCCCCGCCGCGCCCGUGAGCUUUUCCGUCGGCCACCGUCACAACCAGCGCAACCAACCCGGCGUCGCCUCCACAUCGUCGUCGUCUACAGCGCCGGUGCCGCUGGAGGAGAACCCCGAGUACGGCUACCUGCGUUCCGUGCUGGAGCGGGGCGGGUUCAUGCGCACAACGCCGUUGCCGUCUCCCCGGUCAUUCAAGGGCCAUUCUCCGUCAUCGCCAGUGGACCCGAUCGUGUUCCACCUGCUGGAGCUGGACCUCCCGACGGACGACAGCCCCAAACUCGGCGCACUGCGGCACCGCUGGAACCGGAAGCUCAUCUUCCACCUCACGCAAGAAAUCCUCGCGGACCUCCUCCUCCCCGACGGCGCCUCCGCACCUAGGCUGCACGGGCCGGCGCUGCUGGAGAAGGUGUGGGAGAAGGUGAGGUCCUUCCCGGCGGCGGACUGCAGGGUGGUGGGCGACAUCGACGCGCUGGUGGAGGCCGACCUCCGAGCGGCCGGGAGCGUGCGCGGGCUGGUACACCAGCCGGCGGUGGCGGAGGAGGCCGGCGACGUGGCCGACGACGUGGCGGAGUGGGUCCUGGACGCGCUCCUCCGGGAAUCUCUCCCGUCGUCCUGGUCGUGGUCGCCGUCACGUGCAUCGAGGUAGCCGGCCGUUGGGGCGGCCAUGCAGGUGACGCCGGGUGACGUCGGCUGAUCCCAACGGAAACAGCGGGGGCGCUGACACCCAUGCAGUGGGCAGAGCGGUACCAACCGACCGCCACUGUGGACCGUCAGAUCCCUGUUCAACGGCCUUGAUGACGACAGGUGUCAGGAAGGGUGCAUUCAAAUCCCUGUUGGUGUUUACUACUCCUGGUAGAACAUGACCACAGUUUGUCUUCUGCCACAUUUUACUUUUUUCCUUUUUUUACUUGGGCAUUUGGGGUGUAUAUAUAUGGAUCAUCCAUGUAAUUUUAGCAACAACAUAUAUCUUUUUA